GGCACAAUGAAUAAAGAAAAUGACUCUAGUGUAACAGAAUUUGUACUUAUGGGCCUAUCAUCCCCCUGGGAGAUACAGUUAUUUCUCUUCCUAAUAUUUUUGCUAGUUUAUGUUGCUAUUGUCCUGGCGAAUCUCUUGAUAGUGGUAACAGUGCAAGCUAGUGCUCACCUGCUCCAGUCUCCUAUGUACUACUUCUUAAACCACCUCUCCUUCAUUGAUCUGUGCCUCAGCUGUGUUGCUAUGCCUAUAUUAGGGAAUUUCCUACAGCAGGUCAAGACCAUCUCUUCUUCAGGUUGUCUGGCCCAGAUCUACUUCCUCCACUUUUUGGGAGCCAGUGAGAUGUUUUUGUUGACAGUCAUGGCCUAUGACAGGUAUAUGGCCAUAUGUAAUCCUUUGCACUACCUGACAGUCAUGAACUGCCAGCUAUGUCUUCAGUUGGUGUUUGCCUGCUGGUGUGGAGGUUUCCUCCACUCCAUCACACAGGUAAUACUGGUCAUUCAGUUGCUGUUCUGUGGCCCCAAUCAUCUGGAUAACUUCUACUGUGAUGCUCCACAAGUCAUUAAACUGGCCUGCAGAGAUACUUAUGUGGUCGAGGUGCUGAUGGUCUCCAAUAGUGGUCUGCUAUCUCUUAUCUGUUUCUUGGUCCUGCUAUUCUCCUAUGCUGUCAUACUGAUCACUUUGAGAACUUUCCUCCAUCAAGACCAGGGCAAAGUACUCUCUACCUGUGCCUCCCAUCUAACAGUGGUCAGCCUGAUCUUUGGGCCAUGCGUUUUCAUCUAUUUGAGGCCGUUCUGCAGCUUUUUUGUGGAUAAGGUGUUCUCUGUGUUUUACACAGUGAUCACACCUAUGUUGAAUCCUCUCAUCUAUACACUCAGAAAUGCUGAUAUGAAGACAGCUAUGAAGAAGCUGAGAAGAAAGCAUAUGGCAUCCUGCUGCCUUUUAAAAGAUGAAUAG